AUGAAAACUUUAUAAUAAAUUACAGAUAAUGUUUUUUGGAUGCCUUUUCCAAAGUAAGAAUCCAUAGUAUAGGUCUCAUAGUAUUUAAAUAAAAAAUAUGGACAUCAUUAUUAUAUUUGGAAUUUGAGUGAACAUGAUUAUACAAGAGAGUUAUUUUAGAAUUAGGUUUCAAUGCAUUCUUACAUUGGAUUUGCAUGUCCACCACUUUAUGAAUUGCUAUUAAUUUGUAAAUGCAUAUUAGAAUGGAUAUAACAUGAAGGAAACAUUGCAAUUGUUCAUUGUUAACAAAAUAAAGGUAGGAGUGCAAUACUUCUUUCAAUAUUUUGGUCUCUUGUUUUUAAAACAAGUAUCUAAGAAAGUUUUUACAUCAUAGCAAAAGCUUUGAGACUUACAUCUCCAUUAAAGUCUCAAUUAAUGUACAUUCAUAAAUAUUUAACACAUUUGUUCUCAAAUGAGUAAUUGAAUACAUAAACAAUCAAAGUGAAAUCAGUAAUUUUGAGUGGAAUUCCAAUAUAAUUAUAAUAAUUCAAACCAUUAUUUUAAAUUUUAGAUAGGAAAGGGAUAUGUUAUGAAGAAAAAAGUCAAAUUAUACAAAAAAAUGAAUAAUGUAUAUUUAUUGUCCCUAAUUUAUAAAUAAGCAAUGAUAUUGUAUUUCGAUGUAAACAUAUCACACCAGAAAAUGACUUGAUUCCAAUAUUUAGAUUUUAAAUUCAUACUGGAUUCUUAUUCAAAAAUAUAAUUCGUUUCUAAAUGAAUGAUUUAGAUUUUUAAUAAUAAUUUGAAGAUAAUUUUUAUAUAGAUAUUGUAUAUCUUAGAGGACAUGAAAAUUAAAAUUUGAAUGAUUCUGAUAAAUUAAAUUAUGAUUAACAAUCUUUAGAAGGUUAUUAAUUGAUAAAAUAGUUAUUGGAUACUUGUUAGAUAAUGAGUUUAAAUAUUAAAUUGUAAUUGUUUGAAGAAAAUGAUAUAUCUAAUCAUAUAUUAGAGAAUUAAUUAUAAAUAUAGUAAUUUGAAUAGGUAAAGGAGGAAAUAGUUGAAUAGAAUGAAAGAAAGAAUAGUUUUUAAGAAAGGGAGAUUUAAUAGUUUGUAUAAAAUCCAAGUCUUUAAGAAUAAAUUUAAGAGUAAUUAAAUGAUCAAGAUAAUAAAUAAAAUGAUGAUGAUGAAAUCAUAAUUUGA